AUGCGCCGCAUCUCGAGAAUGAUGCUACCAGCCGACUACGGUCACCCGGCUCUCUACAUGAACGAGCGAGCCCAGACCGCUGAGCAACCACCAGCCAACUACGCUCACCCGGCUCUCCGCAGAAAUGAGCCAGUUCAGACCACUGAACAACCGCAGCACUUGCAACACUUCAACUUCAGAGAAGCGCCGCCGUCACUUGCAACAUUUCAAAGCAGGUGGCGGCGGCAACGUGACCGGCUUCGGCCACGACAAAACUUGCAACAUUUCAACUUCAGACCAGAGCUGCCGUCACCUGCAACAUCUUAG